GGGGCCGCUUCGUCCGGGCCGGGCGGGCCCCGCAAGGAGCGCCGCCGCACCGAGAGCCUGAACAGCGCCUUCGCCGAGCUGCGCGAGUGCAUCCCCAACGUGCCGGCCGACACGAAGCUCUCCAAGAUCAAGACGCUGCGCCUGGCCACCAGCUACAUCGCCUACCUCAUGGAGGUGCUGGCCAAGGACGGGCCCGCCGCCGAGGGCUUCAAGGCCGAGCUCAAGAAAGCCGAGCCCCGCGACGGCAAGAGGAAGCGCGAGCAGCCGCAACCCGAGGCGUAUUCUCACUCUUUAGGCCAAGGAGAAAAAAGGCUUAAAGGCAGGACUGGCUGGCCUCAGCAGGUCUGGGCGCUGGAACUCAAUCAAUGACACCCGGAGUUUCAAGGCGAGAGAGAAGGGACUCCUCGACCGCGGCGGGGCAGCCGGAGGAGGGGUCCAGG